ACAAGGGCUUUCUUCCUUCCAUCCCGUGCGCCCCUCUCUUCCACUCUUACGCCCUUUCCAAGAGCUAUAGACACUUGGCAGUGUAGUUGACUUUUUCCCCAAAGGCAGAUAUCAGAAAAGAUAUUCUCCUUCAUCUUCACAGGCCUAUCCCACCACUCGUUUUGUAGAAGCCCUCAUCGUUCGUUUACACCCUCGCUCCAUUGCAAUGGAUACCCAGAUGCUCACUCCCGACACCCCGGAGCGUUCUCCGACUUGCCACAACGGAUAUCCUUUCGACUCCCCGGAGACCAAGCCUCAAGUAUGGGACUUCCCUCAUGACGGCUACUACCCCAUCACGCCUCCCACGGAGGAGUGCGAAUCGGAUGAGGAGCUUGCCACAGUUGCAAGCUCCAUUGACCUAGAGGCGGAACCUCUGGUGGCCGUCAUCGGUGUCGGAUACGUUGGAGAGCACCUUGUGGGCAACUUUGCUCGCAAGUUCAAUGUUCUCGGUUUCGAUGUCUCUGAGGCGCGUGUCCAGAGUCUUGGCGAGGAAUUCGGCCCAGACAGCAAGGCCAAGUUCACUUGCAAGCCUAGUGACAUGGCAGCUGCCACGCACUUCCUCAUCUCGGUUCCGACACUAUUGCGCCCAGACCAGACCAUUGACGCUUCUUUUCUGAAAUCUGCUCUCAAGAAUGUCGCCACAUACGCUCGCCCCGGUUCGGUGGUUGUCGUUGAAUCGUCCGUCGCAGUCGGUAUGACGAGAGAGCUGCUCGGGCCUCUGGCGAAGGAGCGUCACCUCUUUGCCGGCAUGUCACCCGAACGAGUUGACCCUGGCCGAGUUGAGCCGCCUGCAUUCGCCAUUCCCAAAAUCGUUUCCGGCUUGGAUGACAUGGUUCCGGGCUCGCUCAAUGCCAUUGUUCGCCUAUACUCGCAGGUGUUUGACAAUGUCGUCCCUGUGUCUCGGCCCGAGGUCGCUGAGAUGACCAAGUUGUACGAGAAUUGCCAGCGUAUGAUGUGUAUCGCGUUCGCAAACGAGAUGGCCGAUGCUUGUUUGGGCCACGGCGUUGACCCAUACGAGGUGUCCGGUGCGGCGGCGACCAAGCCCUUUGGAUAUAUGCCGUUUAUGCCCAGCCUCGGCGUUGGUGGUCACUGCAUUCCAGUCAACCCGUAUUACCUUCUUUCGAACAGUCAGUUUCCUCUCCUGCAACACGCAACGGAGAAGAUGCGAGCUCGCCCCAUGGCCAUCGCUCAGCGCGCGGUUGACACACUGUGCGCCGAGAAGCUGAGACCCAGCGUCCUUGUCGUGGGUAUGGGCUUCAAGAAGGGCCAGUCGCACCUGGCCAACUCUCCCGGUCUCGAACUCGCAAAGAGCCUCGUGCUGACGGAAAAGGUCGAUGUUUGCUGGGCCGAUCCUCUCGUCAAGCAGGAGGCUGUACCGCAAAUCGCGCGCCUGGACGUCGAGGACUGGAACGCGCGGUCGCUGGAGCAGCGUUUCGACAUGAUCAUUGUCGCUUUCCGACAAACAGGACUUGACUUUGACGUCCUGGACCAGCUCGACAAGACUCGUGUUGAGAUGUGGUGCAACUAAGACUUUCGGCCAAGGUUUGCGGCUGUCUUGGGCUGACGGUGGCGCAUUCUUCAGUCAUCACUCUCCCACAUCCCUCAUGCUUCUCACGAUUUUUGCUUUUUCCUCCAAUCAGUGGAAUUCUCGUUACUCACUUGGGCUUUUUCUAGCGCAUACAUGUAGCGACCCUGUUGUUUGCGGUUGGUGUACAUUGGAGCAAACGGCAGGUUGAAACGCGCAGAUGAUAUGCAGGACGGAUGUAAUACCUUGGGUUUCCUUGUGCUUUGUCUUUGUUUCCUUCUCAUUGAAUGGUGUCCCGGAUAUUUUGGUUCCUUUUUCCUGGUAGAUAAAACGGUCGCGUUUCGACGAGAUCGGAAUUGAGCGCAUUAACGGCCGUCGAAGAUAGAUGCGAGAUACAUAUUCCAGGAAUUCGUUCCUCUUCCUUAAUGUCGACUCAUAUUUGCAAUACCCAUAGCAGUCCCUCUUCUCUUGAUCGUGAUUGUCGUUUGCUGUUAUUGAAUCGCGCCGUAGUCCGUGAGAGCGAGAGAAAUGCCGUCGUUGCCAUUGUUGGACGUGUCGCACCGCCAGUAUUAAUCCCUUCCAGCAACCGGUCCCCGUAAGAUCCGUCGGGAAACACGGCACAUCCUACUCCAUCCAUCGUCCAAGUGUGUGCUUUACGCAACUCUCAAUCGGGAUACGAACCCAUCGUUGGCGGUGCCGAGCUGCCGAGAAAAUUCCCCAUCCGCGAUGAUACGGUGAAGUCAGGAAAAGGUUGCCCCGCGAUGGCGCGCCCGUCCUGCAAGACUAGCGACCCGGGGCGAUUGAUAUAUCUGAUAUCCAAUGCUGUGGUCUAGGUUUUCCAUGGGCCAUUAGUCUCAGCGAUCUGC